AUGCAGCAUCGCUUCCUCCUCUCGUUCCUUUGGGCAUGUCUGCUGGCGGCCUUCGUGGUGGCGCAGACAGCAUCAUCUACAGAUGGCAGCACAGCCGUUAGCACGACGGCAGCGGCCACGGAUACAGCAACGUCUGCCGUAGCUUCGCCUUCGGAUAGCACAACGUCUGCGGCGGGCUCAUCUGGCACAGAUGCGUCGACUACUGUGGCCACCUCUGUCGGCGGAAGCACCAGCGGAGAUGCGUCGUCCCCCACAUCCUCGAGCAGCAACCCUCCCGAUGUGUUGCUGAGGGUGCCCGAGCUCUCGGUUGAGAAGAUCGAGCUCGAUGUUGAUAAUCUCCAAGCCGAGAUCAACUUGGCCGCCCAGGUCGCAGGCCUGGUCGAGGUGAAUGCUGGUAUCCAGGUGGGAAUCAAGAAGGUCAACAUCACCAUUGCGGACGUGGAUGCUGAGCUUGAGCUGAUCAUCCGCCUGGGAAACCUGGUCGACAUUGUCAACCGCACUCUGGCUUCCCUGGACCUGAACCCCCUCUUGAUCAACAUCCUCAACACGGUGGAUAACGUGGUGGGCGACGUCAUUGGCGCCGUUGAUGGACUGCUUGGUUCCAUUGUCAACGGCGACAGCAAGAUCAACUUCUUGAUCGACAACCUGGGCAACAUUGUCCAGGAAGUAACGGGCGCUGCCGGAGGUAUUCUGAGCUCCAUCAUUGGUAACUACCAGCAGAACAUGACCUAUACCGGAGCGCAAAGCAUACUGGAUGGCGGACUGAUUCAAAAGACGUAUCUAUAUGAGCCACUUAAUUCACUGGUCAACAUUGUCACCAAUUCCCUCGGCCAAGUAGUGCAGGCGGUGGUGGUAGGCAGCGGCGGCGGCGGCAGUGGCGGUGGCACCACGACUUCAGCGACAGCGUCAGCCACAGCAACGGCGACUGCAAGCGCGUAG